GGAGCGCUCAAAAUUAUUAUCAAAAAACAAAUUCCGGAAGUGUGAACCUAAACUUGAACUAAAAUGUGAAAUUUUUAUUACUAAAUCCCUCAAUUUACUGCCUUAUUUGAUCGUAUAAAUAAUUUAUCACUUACUCAGAACAGUAUUGAAAAUAUCAUUCAAUACAUGCGGGCUUAAAUCGACCUAUGUUCAUCGAUUUUCAGAGCUGACCGGAGUGAUUGAAAUUCCUUGUUUCUGAUCCUGCAUCUACCUCAACGCCAAAAUGUUAUGCUCUAGAGUGGUCUCUAGGCAAUUAUUUCAGAUAUUAGAACGAAAGAGCGGUCCCGGUAUUACAUUUUCAUCUCCAAAUUCAGUUCGUUUUCUUCUAAACAACAAACACAAAGAUCCUAGAUGGAAGAAAUUUCGUGCUCUAAAGAUGAUCGAAAUAGAGUUACCGGAUUAUCACAAGAAGCAGAAAAAUUUCGCCGAAAUGACUCCCGAAGAGAUGAGAGCUCAUUAUAAAGAAAUAGGAAUGCAACCUCAUCGUCCAUGGUAUGAAAGAGAGAUAGCCAUAUAUUCGACUGGAGCUGUUAUGGAGCCAUAUGUACCACCGGAAGGAGAUGGCAAAGCAUCGUCUUUGAAUACUGCUGGAGCGAAACAAAAAAUAGAAUGGUUAAAGAAGAAGGGUAAAUCGUGGAAAGAUCUGAGACGUAUUAGGUCGUACGACGAUGACUUCGAUUUAUAUCCUGAUUUUGUCGAUAAAGCUCAAGAAAUUUAUAUCAAAGUUCAUGAUUUAUUAACUAAAGGUGAUCACGAUGAAUUGAUACACUACGCCACAGAAAAAGCCUUUCCUGAAAUCGUAUUCAACACAAGAGGCAAAACAAUUCGUUGGAAAUUUCUCGAGUCUCUAGAACCUCCUCGAGUUUCUCACAUUCGUUGCGUAGAAUUACUUAAUAAACAGAACGUAUAUGCCCAAAUUACCGUACGAUUUCAUACUAAACAGACUUUAGCAAUUUACGAUAGAUUCGGACGUUUAAUCCACGGAAGUGAAACAAUAGCCAAGGAUGUCCUCGAGUACGUUGUUUUCGAGAAACACCUUUCUUCCGAGUAUGGAGUUUGGCGAAUGCACGCUAAAAUUAUUCCCGAUUGGUUACCUGAAAAAGAACCGUCUCGUAGGACAUAUGUCGAAGGUCCCGAGGAAGAAGAACCCGAAACGCAGGAUAAAGCAGAAAGCGAGAUGGCAGUUCCAUCAGUUACAGUACCAGGUCCAUCAGUAGUAACUGCGUAAUCGUGAUGUACAUAAAAUAAAUUACUUGUUAAUAUUUAAAA